AUGACAGUUGGAGAACCAAAAAUUUCAGUUGCGUUUAUAUGUUUGGGUAACUUUUGUAGAUCGCCAAUGGCUGAAGCUAUUUUCAAACAUGAAGUGGAAGAAGCCAAUCUAGAAAAUCGUUUUGAUAAGAUCGAUUCCUUCGGCACUUCUAAUUACCACGCAGGAGAAACCCCUGAUCWUCGUACAGUAUCUAUUUGUAAGCAACAUGGUGUUAAGAUCAACCACAGGGGUAAGCAAAUAAAGACCAAAUGUUUCGAUGAAUUUGACUACAUAAUUGGUAUGGAUGAAUCUAACAUCAGAAAUCUGAAAAAAAUACAACCAAAGGAUUCUAAAGCUAAAAUAUGUCUCUUCGGUGACUGGAACACUAAUGAUGGUACCGUUCAAACUAUUAUAGAAGAUCCUUGGUAUGGGGACAUUCAAGAUUUCGAACACAAUUUCAAACAAAUCACGUAUUUCUCGAAACAGUUUCUGGAAAAGGAGUUAUAG